AUGGCAUUUGGAGCUCCAAGAGGUAGAGGCGGUUCCCGCGGUGGAGCCCGUGGUGGAUUCGGAGGCGGUCGCGGUGGUGGCCGUGGUGGAUUCGGAGGUGGUCGCGGCGGUGGCCGUGGUGGUGCAUCAGCCGGCGGUCGCGGUGGUGGCCGCGGUGGUGCCCGUGGUGGCCGUGGUGGUGGUCGUGGUGGUGCCCGUGGUGGUGCCCGUGGCGGUGCAAAGGGAGGCGCAAAAGUCGUCAUUGAACCACACAGACACGCCGGUGUUUUCAUUGCUAGAGGAAAGGAAGAUUUGCUCGUUACCAGAAACAUUGCGCCUGGUGAAUCAGUAUACGGAGAAAAAAGAAUCAGUGUAGAGGAGCCAAGCAAGGAAGAGGGCCAGCCAGCCACCAAGAUUGAAUACCGUGUGUGGAAUCCAUUUAGAUCCAAGUUGGCUGCUGGUAUCAUGGGUGGUAUCGAUGAGUUGGGUGUUGCUCCCGGCUCAAAAGUGUUGUACUUGGGUGCUGCCUCCGGUACUUCCGUGUCCCACGUUGCCGAUGUUGUUGGUCCCGAAGGUUUAGUUUACGCAGUGGAGUUCUCGCACAGACCCGGAAGAGAGUUGAUUGGUAUGGCCAAAAAGAGACCUAAUGUGAUCCCCAUCAUUGACGAUGCUAGACACCCACAGAAGUACAGAAUGUUGGUUGGGAUGGUGGACUGUGUGUUUGCCGAUGUUGCUCAACCAGAUCAGGCCCGUAUCAUUGCAUUGAACUCGCAUUUGUUUUUGAAAGACGGCGGUAUUGUGGUGAUUUCCAUCAAAGCCAACUGUAUCGACUCCACCGUUGACGCUGAAACUGUUUUCGCUAGAGAAGUGCAGAAAUUGAGAGAAGAAAGGAUAAAGCCAUUGGAACAGUUGACCUUGGAGCCGUACGAAAGAGACCACUGUAUCGUUGUUGGUCGUUACAUGAGAAGCGGUAUCAAGAAAUAA